AUGGCCACCCCGAACGGAGCGCAACAGCUACCGAGCUACCUGACGGAGUCGCUCAUCCAGCGAUCACUCGAACACGACCUUGGACACCCGGUGAGGAUCGAAAGUUUCAGUGCCGGGCCGGCCACGUCGGCCGGCGAUAACUAUCUGAGCGACGUCUUCUGGAUAAGCGUCCUGUACGAGGGUGGCACGGCCGAGAAGCGGCUGCUCGCCAAGUGCAUGCCGGACGUUGGCGAUCGUGGCAACGUGCUGGACACUCUGGAUGCGUUCCGCAAGGAAACGGAAACGUUCCAACAGCUGUUGCCCGCCUUCUCGCAGCUCGUCUCGGACUCGUCGUCUGGCUUGGAGCGAUUCGGGGCAAAGUGUUACUACGCCACUACCGAGCCCGUGCGGACGAUCGUGUUCGAGGACCUGAAGGCGCUCGGGUUCCGGAUGUGCGAUCGCACGGCCGGUGGUCUCGAUUUUGCGCACUGUGCGUUGGUGAUGCGCAAGAUCGCCAAGUUCCACGCCGCGUCGAUGCUGUACGCGGCACGUUCCGAGGCGAAUGAACGGUUACUGCGAGACCGGUACUCGUACGGGUUCUACAACCCGCGGGUGGCCCUCGAAGACUACCGGAUAUUUGCCGUGUUCCAGGACGGUCUGGAAAAGUUUAUCCAGGUGUCUGCCGGUUGGUCCGAACUGGACGCGGCCAUCGUGGAGAAAUUGAGGGGCUUACUGCCGUCGUUCAAACGACGCAUGGCCGACUGCGUCGAUCCGACCAACCCGGCCACCAAGGUGCGCGUCCUUAACCAUGGCGAUCUUUGGAGCAACAACAUGAUGUUUCGGUACGAGGCCACGGCGGCGGCGGCGGACACCGAUGUGGUGCGCGAGGUGAUGUUUGUCGACUAUCAACUGUCGUGCUACGGAAGCCCGGGACUGGAUCUGGUGUACUCGCUCUACAACUGUCCCCGGUUCGAGGUGCGCCAAAAUCGCAUCGAAGAGCUGCAGCAGCUCUACCACCGCAACCUGUGUCAAGCGCUCGACCGUGGCAAGUACCCCGGCACCGUACCAACGCUGGAAACGAUCAAGGAAGAGUACAAACGGCACGAGUUUUUCGGACUUGUGUGUGCCAUCAGUCUGCUCCCGAUUAUCCUGAUGGAACGCUCCGACAAUGUGGACAUCAGCUUCGAUGCAUUCUUCGACAAGAAGCAGGUGGAACGCCUGCGGGACAUUCAGUACAACGGGGCGGUGUAUCGGCGGUCGGUGGUACCAAUACUGCAAAGUCUCUUCGCCCGUGGUUACAUCGAUUAAACAGCAAAGCUGGAUGUUGCCCUUUGCCUUUUGUUACAACAAAUCGAGACGGGGUCGU